AUGUCGCUCUUUGGACAGCCAUCCUCUGGUCAGGGAAGUUCAAGUAAUCCUUUCUCCGGCCUAAAUCUGAACACAAACACCGAUCCACAGGGCAAGCGAAAGUCCGUCUUCGAUGCCUCUCCGCCAACGUCUCAGCCUGCCUCUACCGGAGGAGCUUCAGGUUCCCUGUUCAGUCUCGGCGGUCCUCCAAAGACUUCUGCUCCUACCUUUUCAUUUGGGACCACCACGACCACCACGUCAGCACCUUCGACAGGCUUGUUUGGAACCAGCUCAGCGGCACAGCAACCUGCUGCAACUACAUCACUCCUCGGUACCACGACGACACAGCCUGCUGCAACUGGCGCUUUUAACUUUGGUAAUACCCUCUCCACAAGCACAGGUGCACCAGCUGGAGCUCAACAGUCAGAACCGCUUCCAUCGCAGGCUAGAGAUGCAGCGUAUUUCAGCAGUUUGUUGGAGAGACAAAAGAAGAAGCCAAGAUGGAAGUCUGAAAACAAUGAGCAUUUGGGUAAACUGUCCGGCCUCAAUAUGGAUUUGGGGGAUUUGGCUCGGCGAGCGCAGGAGAUCAGACGGCGUGGAUUGAAGACAGAACCUACCUGGGACAGUCGUGCGCAUUAUUUAUUGGCGGGCUCUGGCGUUGCUCCCGGUCAAGCGUACAAGGAUUUCCAGGCAUUGGGACCUGAUGGUCACCUGCCAGCAUUGAGGACAACAGCACAGAACUUUGCAGACGAAUCCACUGCCUAUCUGAGAGAUCUACGAGUGAAAGGCCGGGAUGCGAUGAUGAGAGAAAAUAUGGAUCGCGUCUACCGAGAGGUGGAUAACUUCGUCGAGGAAAGCUUGGGCGUUGACUUUGAAGAACAAAAGUUGAGGAUCAUGGAGCACUUUGGCCUGGUUCCCGCAGGUGGCGACGAUUCUGGACGGUCCACUGCGGGCGGCUUUGGAAAAUUAACGAGACGAGGCAAGGAGGGUUUAUCCGACGCGUCUCGCACUACGAGAAGUGUUUUUGGUCGCUCGGCAAUCGAUAAAUCUAUCAUUGGAACCCCAGGCUCCGGUGCUGGCGAAGCAGCACCUCUAGGUUCGGCCGGACUUUCAAGAGGACAAAGCUUACGCAAUCUUAGAGACAAGGAAAGAUCAUUCAUCCGAAAACUGGAAGAGUUGAAUAGGGCCAGGUUACAAGACGCUGCAUUUCCCUUGCUCCAAAACUUUGCCGAAGCUGAAGAAGAGAGCGUUGGUGAUAGCCCUCGACAACUUGUGGAUGCGUACAACGCCUUGCGCGAGAUCACCAGAGAGGGCAUGUCCCCGGUCAGGGAGCGGCAAUAUGCGGAAGCGUAUCUGGAUGAGUCGGGCACCGACGUUGACACCUUCAAAUUGAAGAAACAAAUCUUGGAGGGUUCCCGCGUUCACUUGGAAAAGACAUUUUGGCGUGAAUUACGGACUUUGAUCGAGAAGAAUGCACGAGAAGCCUCCCUAGGUGGACGGCCGAGUGUUAUCAACAUUGUCCGCGCUUACAUUCGAUUACGUGCUGCACGACGGGAUCUGGCCCCGGACGGAGCAGAGUUACAACAGCUCGGUGAAAAUGGCGACUACUGUUGGGUGCUCAUCUUUUACCUGCUGAGAUGUGGUUUUGUCAAAGAGGCAGCAGAGUAUGUCAACAAUGAUGCAGCUUUCCAAUCUACCGACCGAAGAAUGGUGUCGUACGUGACUGCCUAUGCAAACAGUCCAGACAGACGUUUGGGUCGCAAACUACAAGACAUGAUCGAGAACGAAUAUCAGAAUCGAACGAAGGUGGGACCCAAAAAUACGGUGGAUCCUUACAGAAUUGCAUGCUACAAGGUGUUAGGCAGAUGUGACCUGAGUUCGAGGAAUCUGGACGCUGUAGGUCAGGGUGUUGAGGAUUGGCUGUGGCUUCAAUUCACACUUGCCCGAGAAACUGACAGGUUGGAAGAAAUAUCGGGAGAGAUUUUUGGCCUGGAACAAAUCUGUGAGACAAUAACCGAGAUUGGACAAAAGCAUUUCCAAAAGAGUCAAAUCGAAGGCUCCAGUGCCUACGGAACAUUCUUGUUGAUGCAAGUCCUUGCGGGAAUGUUCGAACAAGCCGUCGACUAUCUGCACAAUUUCAAUCCUGUUAGCGCAGUUCAUCUUGCCAUUGCUCUAGCAUACUAUGGCUUGUUGAGGGUGUCGGAUUUUACGGUUGCUGGGAAUGAACUUUUGACCUACUCAACCACGCAGCAGCCGCAGAUCAAUUUCGUUCCACUGGUUGCCCAUUACACCGCCACUUUCCGAACAGCCCUUCCGGUGGCCGCGGUGGACUAUCUCUCUGUGAUCUGCCUCAACUCCGACCUCCAGCCUGCCAAUCUCGGGUUGGUGCACACCAACGCAUGUCAUGAGUGUCUGCGAGAGCUAUGUCUCGAGACACGCGAGUUCGCCAAACUGCUCGGUGACAUUCGCAGUGAUGGCACUCGACUUCCUGGAGCUAUCGAGAUUCGGGCAAAGCUGAUCAAUCUCGAUACACGAGAGGAGUUCUUGAAGUCAAUCACCAGUCAGUCUGCCGCGAUCGCUGAUCAACGCGGGCAAGUGGCGGAUGCAGUGCUUCUUUAUCACUUGAGUGAGGACUAUGACCACGUCGUAAGUGUGCUCAACAGAGCUCUUGCGGACGCUGUCACCCUGGAUUUAGGAGAAUCGCCCAUACAGCUUCAACCUCUCAAGCCUCGACGACCGGAUGGACAGAGUGAUUCCUCCCCUAGCAGCCAAGGUCCCGGGCCUCAGUCAUCCUUGUCAUUAACGCAAUCGACAUCAUCACCGGUUGAAUUGGCCCGGAAUAUGAUCUCAUUGUACAACGACAAUGCUGCAUAUUACAACGUGAUAUCCGCCACGAACCGAGAAAUUUGUGGCGCUCUUCUUCGGCUUCUCUCCGUGCGAGCACAUCUUGAAGCCACCCCUCCUCGAUUCAUGACGGCACUGGAAGAACUCAACGAUUUGAACAUCCUGCCACUUCGGGCCAAUGGCUCCAUCCCCACGAUUCGAGCUGCCGCCACCGCUUUUGGAACGCUACCUCAGCUCCUGGCUCGAUGUGCUGGAGUUAGUGUUGUGUGGGCAGUACGUGCAAUAGGGGGUGAACGAGACAAUAUCAUUAGAAAUGGGAGAUGGGAAGCGGGAUAUGGUGGUGAUGCAGAUGGGAUGAAAGAUCAACUGGGCGACAUGGCCAAGGAUUUGAUGGUAUUUGCAGGCUUGGUCAAGUAUAAGCUGCCUGGCCGUGUGUAUGAUAUGCUGACCCGGGCUGGGGGAGAUGUAGGUGGAUUCUGA